UUCUGGGAAAGUAGCAGUUUAAGGGGGAAAAACAAGCGUGUGGACCCACGAAACAGGCCUGACCUCGGUUACUGGAACUCAGCAAGGUGUUGUUUUAAAGAGACUCCAAAGUGUGGGUGUGAGUAUACAUCUCAGAAAGGGCUGAUUUCAAACAGCUGAAACAUCACUUGAAGAAAAGGCCGGGACAACAUGAAUACCACCGACCCAGGAUCCAACUUCACCUUUGCUUCUCACACAGAAAACGCCACUCUGUCCAGCCUGACAAUCACCAGCAUCUCUCCGACGCUCCCACCCCCUCCAUCCUAUCCCUCAGAAGUGCACGAUCCAGAGUUCACCAUCAUGGUGGUGCUGGGCUUAUCGCUGCUGCUAGCGGGGUUGGCAGCGUUCCUGGCCGUGUGCCGGCGCUCUGAGCAGGACGGGGACUUUGAGGCGAGCUGUGUCCCCGGGGAGAGCUUGACUCGUGGAAGGAACUUAUCCAGUGAGCCUCAGCUCAAGGUGUGGAAGAGGCUGGGCUCGUACCGGCGGGCAUACAACCUCUCCUUCAGACGGCCGCCUCACCGCCGGCCGCAGCAGCAGGACGGAGCCCCGGUGUCCCAGCCUGCAGCGCCGCAGCCGGAUCCCAGGCCGGAGCCCCACCUCACCAUGCCCUGUCUGUUCGACUACGUCACUGAAAUCUGACUCAAUCCCACUCAUGACACCGUGUAUUUGAAGGCUGUUACAGAAAAACUGUCUUGUAUAUACUGGGAGACUGCAAAGAAUGCAUUUUAGUAUUUUGUCUAACUUUUUAAAUAUUCAUUGUGGAUGAUGUUUGCUAGAAAAAAAAAAUCCACAGGGAAAACAGUUUGUGAGUGGUUAUUUUAUCUUGAACAGCAGGUAAAAUUGUUAGGGGUGAGGUUCACCUGUGGACUUUUGUCAGAGUUCUGGGUUGUGUGCUUCAGAUAAAAACAAAAUAUAUAUAUAUAAAUAUGUUUAGUUUGACUGUUAAUCAACACGAUCACAGUUGAAAGUCCAGGAACAACAUUAUUCUUCUCCUCCAUGCUGCUAAUUACUCCUCAGCACUAAACCUCAUCCAUCAAAUGAGUCACGUGCAUCAACAC